AUGGCUUCUCUUCCCCCCGUCUACAUUGUCUCGACUGCCCGCACCCCCGUGGGUUCAUUCCUUGGUUCUCUUUCUAGCCUGACUGCCCCCCAGCUUGGUGCCCACGCUAUUAAAUCGGCUGUUGAGCGUGCCGAGGGCGUGUCUGCGUCCGACGUUGAGGAGGUCUUCUUCGGUAACGUCUUGUCUGCUGGUGUUGGACAGAAUCCUGCACGCCAAUGUGCCAUUGGCGCCGGUCUCCAGGACUCCACCGUCUGCACCACCGUCAACAAGGUCUGCGCCUCUGGCCUGAAGGCCGUCAUCCUCGGAGCCCAGACCAUCAUGACUGGCAACGCCGACAUUGUCGUGGCUGGUGGUACUGAAUCCAUGUCCAAUACUCCCCACUACCUGCCCAACCUCCGCACUGGUGCCAAGUACGGCAACCAGAACCUGGUUGACGGAAUCAUGAAGGACGGUCUGAUGGAUGCCUAUGGCAAGCAGGAACUUAUGGGUCUUGCUGCGGAGGAGUGUGCCCAAGAUCACGACUUCAACCGUCAGCAGCAGGAUGACUAUGCCAUUCGCACCUAUGAGAAGGCCCAGGCCGCCCAGAAGGCCGGUGUCUUCGACUAUGAAAUUGCUCCUAUUGAGAUCCCUGGUUUCCGUGGCAAGCCCGGUGUCGUCAUUUCUCAAGACGAUGAACCCAAGAACCUCAACCCCGACAAGCUGCGCAAUAUGAAGCCUGCCUUCAUUCCGGGAACAGGAACUGUCACUGCUCCCAAUUCCUCCCCGCUCAACGACGGUGCCGCGGCGGUUGUUCUCGUCUCUGAGGCCAAGGUGAAGGAGCUGGGUCUGAAGCCCAUUGCCAAGAUUCUCGGUUGGGGCGAUGCUGCUCACCAGCCGAGCAAGUUCACCACUGCCCCUGCCUUGGCGAUUCCCAAAGCUCUGAAGCACGCUGGCGUGACUCAGGACUCCAUUGACGCCUUUGAGAUCAAUGAGGCUUUCAGCGUUGUUGCUCUUGCCAACAUGAAACUACUAGGCCUGCCUGAAGACAAGGUCAACAUUCACGGCGGUGCCGUUGCCAUUGGCCACCCCCUGGGUGCUAGCGGAGCCCGUAUCCUGUCCACCCUGAUCGGUGUCCUGAAGGCAAAGCAGGGCAAGCUUGGCUGUGUCGGCAUCUGCAACGGUGGCGGUGGUGCUAGCGCCUUGGUGAUCGAGUCCCUUCUUUAA